GGACGGUGGGUGGACUUGGCGUGCACCCUGGCCCCGGUUGCAUGCCAAGAACCAAUUGCCUGGGCUCUGGCAUCCACGCUUCCCGUCUUAAAGUUGAGCCUCGCGCCGCGCAAACUCUCCUUCUUUCUUCUAAUGUACAGCACAAACCUUCAACAACCUGCGCUUCUACUCCCCCGCCCCCGCUCCCGUUUUCGCUCCCGCUUCGAAGCGGCAUUUUCCAACACCGACGCUGUGAAUAUAUCCGUACCCACGCAUCCGAUUACCGUCCUCAGUAGGGGAAACGCCGAAAGCCGCUGCUGCAAUUCCCAAACCGCUGUGAUCGCGUCGUCGCCGAUCAGACCCCGACAUCGAGCAUCGCCGUGCUUCCCCGUGCUGUCACGAACGAACAAACCCUAGCUAUUCUUAAUCUCUCGUGUUGGAGUCGCCAUAAUGUCUGAUAUUGAUGAUGAGCUACUGGCUCUGGCCGGUGGUGAUGUAUCGUCAGACGAGGAGGAGGCGGCCAUGGAUAUGAGCCGGAAUGGGUCGCGCUCGCCAUCACCGCCGCGCGCUUCACCAAGGGAAAAGGACACACCAGCGAGGGGUGUGGCAUUGAAGAAGACGUCUGCGAAAAAAACGAGACGUGCGAGUAGGAGUGACAAUGAGUCGGAGGAUGAGGGAGAGGCGUCCUCGCCUCCGGCCUCUCCGAGCUCGCAAAUGUCCGCUCCGAUGGACGAGUCGGACUCCGAUUCCGAUGCGCCACAGAACCGUGACCGCAGCGCCGACGAUGACUUACAGUACCCCAUCGAAGGCCUCUUCAAGAGCCACGAGGAGAGAGCGCGUAUCAUGAACAUGCGCGAGAUCGAGCGCGAACAAAUCUUGGCCGAGCGCAGGGAGGAGAACGAACGCAUCCGUCAAAACCGCAUGCUGCGCCAGCUCAAGGUCAACCAGGAGAAGGACAGCAAGAAACGCAAGGCCAGCGCAGCCGAUCUCGAGGAUGCCGCGCGCAAAUCGUCUCGGGCUCGCACCAAGGCCGGCGAGAGUAGUGAUAAGAUGGACACGCUACGCCGCGCCCGCGAAGAGCGCAGCAACCGCAAGGAGCAAAGAGAGCGUGAGAACGACCGCCGCAGGCAACGAUCCCCCUCGUACCGCCGGAGCCGCAGCCCCGACGACCACGAUAGCGACGUCGACUGGCGGAGGGACUCUAGGCAAAAGUCCAGGACGCCCGAACCCAGAGAAACCCCGCCUGCUGAAUUGCGCGAUGUUGAGCGUAUCCGCGUCGGCAGGAGUCGGUUCGCCGAGGUGUGCUUCUACCCCGGCGUUGAGAAGGCCAUCUCGGGCUGCUAUGUUCGCAUCAAUAUCGGGCCCGACCCCACAACACGCCAAGAUGUCUACCGCAUGGCUGUCAUCAAGAGUUUUACUCAGGGUAGGCCCUACGCGAUAACCGAUCGCAGCGGGCAUCAGAUCGUUGUAGACCUCUACAUCAAGGCCGCCCACGGCAAGGCGCAGCGGGAAUGGCCAUUCAUCACCUGUUCCGACAGGGACUUCACCGAAGCCGAAUGGAACCGGUACAAGCAAGUCUGCUUGUCCGAAGGCGUUCCGAUACCCACCAAACCGGAACUCGUCGCCAAGAUCGGCGACAUCAACAACCUCAUCGAGCGAUCCUGGACCGACCAGGAGGUGUCCGAGAAGCUGAAGCGCCAAAACGCCCUACACAUCAAGUACAGCGGCGUCGAGCGCGACCAGCUGGCCAAGCAGCUCGACAUGGCGCGCGCGCGCGGCGACGAGGCCGCCGCCGGCCGCCUGCAGGACAAGCUCGACAACCUCGAGGUCCCGCGCCUCGCCUUCCGCACCUCGCUCAACUCGGCCAAGAAGAAGAACGAGAACCGCGGCCCCACCCAGCAGGAGAAGCUCGCCCUGCUCAACGCCGAGAACCGCCGCAAGAACGCCGAGUCCGUCCGCAAGGCCCAGCUGCUCGAGCGCGCCCGCGCCCGCGAGGUCGAGAAGACGCGCGCCGCCUCUGCCGCCGCCCAGGACGGGAGCGGCGCCAGCACGCCUGCUGGCACUGGCGCUGGAGCUGGAGCUGGAGCUGGAGCUGCCAACGGCAGUGGCACGCCCGGCAAGGCUGGUGGGGGGGAUGCCGCCGUGCUGCCGCAUAUCGCGAAGCUGCAGGAGCAGCAGCGCAGCCAGGCUAAACCGGGCGUGCCUGUGAUCCAUAAGCCGCUGAUGGAUGAUGACAUCAUUGGCGCACUGGAUCUGGACAUCGAUGUGGAGAUUGACUGAAUGGCUUCUGGGGCGGCUGGAGUGAAGCAGGGAGGUGUAUGUGGUUGACGGGGAGAGGGGUGGGGUGGAUUGUGGAAGGGGAGGAGGCACUGGCUGUCGAAGGGGUCUGGCGGUUACCGACGUGCCACCGGCAAAGCUAACGUCUACUGCGUACGCCGGUUGGCAAAUCGGGAAAACGCCCCUUUUACACACUAUUUAAUUACGUAGCGUGUAACCCAUCACCUGCUUACCUCUUG